ACAUAAGCAACCCAUAAAAUGCUGGAGGAACUCAGCAGGUCAGGAAUUUCAUCAUAGAGGGGAAUAACAGUUGACGUUUCGGGCCGAGACCCUUCUUCAAGACUGGAAUCAUAAAAAAACGGGCAGAAGUGCGGUCCUUUUGCUCACAAAGCCAGGACUCGGUGUUCUUAUCGGGGGCGUGUUUGUGCUUCUGAGUACUGUAUGUACAGCAGCAGCCCGUUACGUGGAGUUGGGGCUGCUGUCAGACAGCACUGGGAAGGGAAUGGGAGAAGCAGGUGACAAUUCAUUGGUUCACAGAGUCGGGGCCGCGGCUGCGAAUGUGAUGCUGGAGAUAGAAACUGGGCGGCUCGGGAAAACGCAGUGCGCGCACACACGCAGAUGACCAAAAUACCCUGGACGGCGGUGGUUUAUUGAUAAGAUUGCUCUUGGAUUAGUGUCACCUUCACUUCAGGCACAAAUCUCUGCAUUCGUGAACAGAAGCCGAGAUACGAGAAAAAUAUCUAUUAUUUAAGACUUACUGGAGGUAUAGAGCUUAGAUUAUGCUUGGAAAACUUGCUUCCUUUCUCUUUGGAGAGAGAGAUGGUGAUGAUUGUGAAGAAAAGGGUGGCAUGAGUAACAUUCUUUAUGAGAACGUGGAGGAUGACUGGGUUAUAGUGGAUAUCCAAGAUCAAUAUCCAGUGCUAAUACUGGAAAAUGAUCCACUGGAAAACCUUCUGACUGAGCACCCAAGUAUGCCUGUUUACUGUCUGAGGAUUGAGAACAGUGACGGCGAAGAAGAAGCUGAAUUGGAGGAUCUGGAGAGUCUCAGGACUGUUCAUCACGCCCCCAGAAUCACAUUCUCUUUGACCGGAAAAGAUGGUGUGCUCCAUAGAAACCACGUGCGUUUCAUGCAACGCAUCAGAUUACAUGCAGAGCGCAAGAAACUGAGUCGUAAUCAUCUUCUGAGACAAAAUCGAGCAUGGAAACGGCAUUCUGGCAAAAAGAAAACCUCCCAUUGUUUUAAACAGCCACGUCCACGCAUUUCCAGACAUUCAAGGCGAUAAACAUUCUGUUUGGUUGUUUGGUAAAUUUCACAAGCUGUAAUUUUUGUAGCGAUUUAAUGCUAUCCCACAAAAAAUUUUAUGCUGAUUGUUUAAUUCUUGCAUGUCCAGAUUCUGUGCCUUCCCUCCCACUUGGGAAUAUUUAGCUCACAAUCAGAAAUGUCAUGAAAUGUGUGACAACAAUUGGUGGUUUUAUGUUCCUUUAAAACUGCUGAGGACCCUGGACUUUUCCUUGGGCCACAGAGCAGGUGAGGGCUUUCAAUGUUCGGUUUUCAGUCGUAGUGAGUGCCCCAAAAUAUUGGUGACUUUGGCUGUUCUGUGGAUCUCCAGUGACUAGACUGUAAGGAACAAACUAAGGAAUUACUGGCUGGCUUUUGGAUUUGCAUUAUUCCAUUCUUUGAUCCUGAUCUUUGUUUGUUGCCUCUGGCUUCUGGUCAUCAAGAAACUCUCAGAAGGUCAUGGCUGUAGAUCUGCAGCUAUUAUGCUUCUCAGUCUCUUGCUGUUACCAGACCUUGAUGGAUCCCAGAUCUACAAUAAGAAGACCAUAUUUGGGGUGUAAUAUAAUCUAUUUCCUAUAAUCCACAUGUAUAUUUGUAACUAGUGUUAUUACUGGUAUGACUUGGCAUUAUUAGAAGGCUUUGGAAGUUGACACUUGCCAUACGAAAACAUGAUUGGGGACAGUGGCCAGUUCAAAGGAUUCUACUGAUUCGUGAAAGAGGAAAAUUGUUGGUUAAUGCAUUUUUCAUGACCAUGAGACAUUACAAAAUAUUUCAGAGCCAAUGGUCACAAAAUGCUGGAAGAAUUUAGCAGGUUAGGCAGCAUCUAUGAAGAGGAAUAAACAGACUGUAUUUCAGGCUGAGAUACUUCAUCAAGGCUGGUGUUCAUAGCCUGACCUGCUGCAUUCCUCUGACAUUUUGUGUGUUGCCCAAAUUUUCUUGAAUAAUCUCUUGUGUCGGGCCAACUGGUGGCACAACGACAUCGGUGCCAGACCCGGGAGCGGAAGUUCCCGGGUUCGAAACCAGUUGGGUCUGCCCACGUGUACGAUUUCCAUCCGUGCUGGGUUGAGUAUCGAGAUCGCAACAUGACCUCGUAAAAUAAAAGGGAAAAUACUGCAAAAAUGUCUGUCUCUCUCUCACAGUCUCUCUUGCUCAGCGCCUUGUAAAAGCCAUGAAAAAGACAUCAUCACGGACGCACGCAUGGACACGCAGACGCACACGCACGCAGGCACACGCCAAAAAAAAAGAAUAAUCUCUUGUGUCAUAGCUAAUGGUAUAUCUUCAGUCUUGAUGAGUUAUAAUUCUCAUGGACAAAAGUUGCUUUCAACCCCAUCUUUCAGGCAGUCUGGAAAUGAUUUUCAUCGCGACAGUGAUUGGCAUGGAAAUAACUGGGAGGAGUAAAUGGCAGAAACCUUUAAAAUGGGCAGGUAGCCUGAGGAGGCUAACACCUCUGUUGGAUCUCACGUUAACACCACAACAGACACAAAAUGCUGGAGGAACUCAGCAGGCCAGGCAGCAUCGAUGGAGAAGAGUAUACAGUUAAUGUUUUGGGCUGUGACCCUUCAUCAGAACUGCAGGAAAAAGUUGAGAAGUCAGUAAAAAGGUGGGGGAGGGGAGGAAGAAAUACAAGAUGAUAGAUGCUAGGUGAAACCGGGAGGCGGGGAGGGGUGAAAUAAAGAGCUGGGAAGUCAAUUGGUGAAAGAGAUGAAGGCCUGGAGAACACCACCACAAUGCUCGAUGGAGGAGGAACAAGCUUGAUUUGAUUCUGGCCAAACCCCAUGACCUUCUCUAAAUGUGAACUGGCUGCCUCUGGUAGCUUCACAUUGGGAAAUGGGUUGUGGCUGGCCUGACAGUUUAGAGGUCUGCACCUCUUCCCCUUCCUCCUCCUCCUUGCCACCUCUGCUUCCACUACCGUUUCUUCCUCUUUAUCAUUGCCUUCUUCUUCAGCUCUUCCUCCUCCUGCUGACCAACUAGAGGUGGCUCGAAAGCCACCACGGGUUGAUAGACCACAUCGACAGGUUUCAGUUUUAAUGAUUUACCUGCAUUGAUUUGCUCCCUCAACUCUUAAUUUUGUACAGUCCUGAACAUUGAAUUUGAUUUAAAAAUAGAAAAUUGUUGCCUAAAAGUAAAUGAUAUUUUUCUGUUAUUAGUUAAGUAAUGUAAGUUGACAAAGGUUAUGUAAUUAUGGUGAUCAUAACAAUGUAAAAAAAAUGAAACCUACUUUGCACACAAAGUCCGUGGGCACUGAUACACAAGUGUUCAUCGCAUCACUUGAGGAACUCCCUUUUGUUUUAAUGAUAUCAUGAUCUUAUGGCCACCCAGGGCAAUUGGAUUUCAUUUCAUCAUCUCACCUGAACAAUUGCAUCUUCACUUACUGCUCAUGUUUCUAGAGUUAUUUAUUGCUUAAUAGAACAAAAUAAUCAAAGAGGAGCUGAUGACCAAAUGUGAGGGAAAAUAAGUAGCAAGGGUGGAGAAAGAGUAAGGAGAAGGGGUAAGGGACUAAUUCGAUUAGUCUCCUGGAGUUGGUGUGUAUCUGAUGGGCUAAAUGGCUGUCAUCUGUCUAAGAGGAGAAUUCAGAGCUUCGUACUGCAUCCACUUUAACAGGGAUAGGGUUCCUCUUAUCUUCACAUACCACUCCAUAAGCCUCAGCAUCCAGCACAUCAUUCUCUGAUACUUACGCCAUCAUCGGGAUUGUACCACUAAACAGACCUUUACCUCCCCCUCCCCCACACUCUCUUGCUUUCUGCAGGGAAUGCUCCCUUGUCCAUUCGUCCCUCCCUGCUUAUCUCCGUCUAGGUACAUACCCUGCAAGUGACACAAAUGCUACACCUCCCGUUCACUUCCUCCCUUCCCUCCAUUCAGGGCUCCAGGCAGGCCUCCCAGGUGAGGCAACACUUCACCUGCUAGUGCUCCUGAUGCGGCCUCCUCUACAUAGGUAAGAUCUGACGUUAGCUAGGGGCUGCUUUGUCGUGCACCUCCGCUCCAUCCACCAAAAGUGGAAUUUCCCAGUGGCCAACCAUUUUAAUCCCUCUGUCCAUUCCCGUUUCAACAUGUUAUUCAAUGAGGGUGGAGGAGCAACACCUCAUAUUCCAUCUGGGUAGCCUCCAACCCAAUGGCAUGAAUAUAGAUUUCUCCUUCCAGUAAUUUCCCCCUCCCCCUUUCCUCUUCUAUUCCCACUCUGGCCUCUUAUCUGUUCUUUUCACCUGCCUGUCAUCUCCCUCGAUGCCCCUUCUUCCCUUUCACCCACGGUCUACUCUCCUUUCCCAUCAGAUUCCUCCGUCUCCACUCCAUUACCUUCCCCACUCACCUGACUUCAUCUAUCGCCUUCUCACCAGUCUUCCUUCUCCCCUCCUCCCUGCACCCACCUUUUCAUUCUGGCAUCUUCCCCCUUCCUUUCCAAGUCCCAAAGAGGGAUCUCUGCCUGAAACAUCGACUGUUUAUUAAUUUCUAUAGAUGCUGCCUGACUUGCUGAGUUACUUCAGCAUUUUUGUUGUGUUACUAUGGUUCUAUGCUCGUAAUUCUUUGCUGAAUUUUAAAAUCAUCUAUUUUGGAAUAACUUUGACAUUUCAGUCAUUAGAAUGACCAAAUAGCAUUUAACCUUAAGCCUCACUUGACUCCUUUUGAUAGUGUUGAAAGAGGAAGUAUUUUAAUGAUUAACUAUUAUUUGGUACAUCAAUAAAUGGACAGAUGUUACUGAUAAAUUGUCUUCAAAAUGUUUUGAAAUUUGCAAGUCUGAAAUUAAACACACAGGUUUGUAGUACAUACACUGCAAUUUGUUUCAAUUGCUCACAGGUGUCUGCCAUAAGGUAACCACAGCAAAUGAAUCCUGUCAAACCUGUUAUUUUGUACUCUAUAACAAAUGAAAAAGUGUUUUUGUUUUAAAAGAAGUAAAUUACAGCAUGCAAUA